AUGCCCGUUCCCGGAAGACUUCCAAACCACCGCAAUAGUAAAGUGUUGUUGUUGCCAUCUGAUAAAUCACAAGCAGACAUUCAUGUUGAAUAUGAAAAAAAUAGAGGGUGCUAGAAGCUAUGGCAUGAGUUGUGCCCACAUAUAGUCUUAGCUAAACCAAAAACAGACUUGUGUUUUAGAUGCCAAACCUUUUCUUUUAAUAUGUCACAAAGUGGUGCCCUUUCUGAAGAUGAUAAAAUGACACUUUUUGAUGAAUAUGAAAGUCAUGUUGAAAGUGCUAGACAUCAGAGGGAGCAAUAUAGAAUGCAGUGUGAUUACUCUAAAGUUACAUGUAGUGAAAACAUGAAGUUGAAGGUGUGCUUUGGUUAAUAAAUUUCUAUGCGCUAUAGUUUUAGCUGUCUUAUGUCAUGCUUCAAUAUUUUCUAGUCUAAAAAUUAAAAUAUAUGUUAAAUUCUAUUUAUAUUUUAGGUUCAGAGUCAUGUUCCUUAGAUGCAACCGUCCACUACAGCUGGGACUUUGCAUAGCAGGUUCAUAUUCCACACCAUAGCCAACAGGUUGGACCCCUGUAUUUCAAAACUGCCGGAGGAGAUGUGAGGUAUUUGGAGUUUGCUGUGAAGGAUCUGAGAAACAGGUGUUUUGCCUGGGUGAGGCACAUGCUCAGUUCCACUUUGACAAUUGCCAAGGACAACAAAAAUAAUGCCGUUCUUGGUUAUGCUGUGUGGAGAACAUUGACAGGAGGGCAUAAGACAAUCCAAUACUCACUGAUGCUAGCCGGCCACACCAAAUUUUCAUGCGACUGGCAUUUUGGAGUUUGGAAAAACAGAAUGAGAUACAUGGAUGCAGAGACAGUUGAGGAGGUGGCUUCCACAGAAGCCAUGUCAUCCCGUAAUGGCCACAACAUUCCACAUAUUGUUGAUGGCAACAGCAAACAAGUGUCGUUCUAUGACUGGAGCACCUUCUUCAAAGGCAUUUUCAAACCAUUGAAGAACAUUUCGAAAUACCAUUCAUUUGAGGUGUCUUCUAACGAGCCUGGGGUUUUAAGAGUAAGGAAGUUUGUUGAUGCCCCUGGGGAGAAAAUUAACAUACUGAAAAACUGCCAAGUGGAUAUUGGUGUUCUGCCAGAGCAGAUCUUUGGUGAGGGAAUAAGUGCAGAAAGGCAAUGGUACUUGCAUGAUGUAAAAAGAGACUUUUGCGGAUCAGAUAAUGCAAAAAACACAACAUGCCAUUAGUUGCAAAAGAAGGCUAUUCAAAGGCCAAAAAACAAAAGUUGAAAUAGGCAACUUUAUUGAGAACACUUUCUGUGUGUGUUUCAGCAAAAGUUAUAGUUUGUUUCUUGCUAUAAAUAUAUUGGCAUGUGUAAGUGGAAGUUUUAUGUUUUCAUUUACAUUCAAAGAAUAUAUUUCUUUGUGUUACAUUGAUAAAAUAUUCAUGAUCUUAGGAAUGUAUGGUUUCCUUGGCAACCAAAAGUAACACACUUGAUUGAUCAUUAAAUACUUAUGUAUAAACAUGUAUUUCAAUUAUGGGAAUAUCAUUGAACAGUCGGCCAUCUAUAAGUAAAGUAUGAUGGCAUUCAUAUUUUCCAUACACGACUCCAGUAUAAUGUGAAAGUGUACAUUUAUAAGUCUAUAUGUUAAUAGUUAUACAUUAAUAUAGUUUCAAUAAUCCUUGCAUGCAUAUGUUUGUUGUCAAUUUUGUCAAAUAAGGCAUGUGUCAAUGCUUUCCUUGUAAAUACAUUUCAUUCUGUGUCAUCUUACAACUCCAAAAGAAUGAAAUGAGCAAAAAAAAAGAAUUAUUCUAGGUAUAAGUCAGUUGCUAUGGCAACCAAGUAUAACAUUCUUAUUGAUUUUAAAAAUAAUUGAUUUCACCAGACAAGUUACAUCUUUUAAAUAAUUGCUUGUUUUAAAAUAAUAUGUUUUUUGUUUUGAUUAAUACAAGGAUAAGCUGCACUACUUUUGAACAAUUAACCUUGUUUUAGAAAAGUUGCAGAUUUUCUUUACAGGGUCUAUGUAAAAUUGCUGUUAACAUUCUAUUUUACUACAUAGCUGGCUGAAAUUUUAAUGCUGU